GUCACUCUCCUUCCUGCCUCCUCCCUUCUUCAGCAGGCCAGGAAUGUUGGUCUCUGUGAUCCAUCACCUGUCUGAAUCCAUCCCCUGUCACUGGCAUAUAUGGACAAGCCGGCCUGACAACAUGUGAUGAAGGGCUGCUAAAAACAGCCUCAGCCCCCACUCUGAAUCAGCCUGGCUUGAAACAAUGUCCUCUCGCCAAAGAAACCUAAAGGACACUUGAGCACAUAACCCUUGGAAUUCUGUCAAGGAAAUCGGCUCUUAGAUUUACCCCUCCAUCCAUUUGGAUCACCCUUUCGCUGACACCGCAUGCCCCAGGACCGGCGAGGAGAUGAGUACAUCUCUAAAUUACAAGUCUUUUUCCAAGGAACAGCAGACGAUGGACACCCUGGAGAAGCAGCUUAUCUGUCCCAUCUGUUUGGAGAUGUUCACAAAACCUGUGGUGAUUCUUCCAUGUCAGCACAACCUGUGUAGAAAGUGCGCCAGCGACAUUUUCCAGGCCUCAAAUCCAUACUUGCCAACGAGAGGAGGCACUACAGUUGCAUCAGGUGGUCGAUUCAGGUGCCCUUCCUGCAGGCAUGAAGUGGUUCUGGACAGACAUGGGGUAUAUGGACUUCAGAGGAACUUGCUGGUAGAGAACAUCAUUGACAUAUACAAGCAGGAGUCCACCAGGCCAGAAAGGAAGUCAGAGCAGCCCAUGUGUGAAGAGCAUGAAGAUGAACGAAUCAACAUUUACUGUCUGAACUGUGAAGUACCUACCUGCUCCAUGUGCAAAGUCUUUGGGGCUCACAAAGACUGUCAGGUGGCUCCCCUUACGCAUGUUUUCCAGAGGCAGAAAACGGAGCUCAGUGAUGGUAUUGCAGUCCUUGUGGGAAGCAAUGACCGAGUCCAAGGAAUAAUCAGUCAGCUGGAAGAGACUUGCAGAACUGUAGAGGAAUGUUGCAGAAGACAGAAACAGGAACUAUGUGAAAAAUUUGAUUAUCUCUAUGGCAUCCUGGAGGAAAGAAAGAAUGAGAUGACACAGAUCAUUACAAGGAGUCAAGAGGAAAAACUGGAGCGUGUCCGGGCACUGAUUAAAAAGUAUGCAGAUCAUCUGGAGACAGUAUCUAAGUUGGUUGAAUCAGGAAUUCAAUUCAUGGAUGAGCCAGAAAUGGCAGUCUUCUUACAGAAUGCCAAAACACUGUUACAAAAAAUUUCUGAAGCAUCCAAGGCAUUUCAGAUGGAGAAAAUAGAACAAGGCUAUGAAAACAUGGACCAUUUUACAGUCAACCUCAAUCGAGAAGAAAAGAUAAUAAGAGAAAUUGACUUUUACAAAGAGGAGGAGGAGGAGGAGGAAGUGGCUGAAGAAGCAUUGGAAGAUGUCUGUACAGAAUCAUCAGGGGAAGAAGAAACUCCUGAGAUAAUAUCCCCACUCUCUCCACCUAAUGCUGAGCACCAGUCCAUACCUGAAGCACUUCCUGUUGCAUCUGUGGAAGUACCACCUACCCCACCAGCUGCUGCAGAGGAUCCUGUAACUCAGGGGGAGGUGGUGCCAAGUGGUGCUCAGCAGACUCCACAGUCUGAAACUCAAGUACCGUCAACAGCAUCGGAAACCCUGGAUCCCUUGUUUUAUCCUAGUUGGUAUAAGGCCCCCAAACGACAAGACACCAACCCAACUCCCACCCAAGUGAGUGAAGGUUCGGGUCAAGUAGGGCCUUCAGUUUCUGUGGAUGCCAGUGGGCAGAAGGCAGAAGAAGCAGAAACCACCCCGGCAUCCACUGAGAGGGCUGCAGUGAGUGGUAAGGAAAGUAGUACAGCGGCAGCUACUUCUCAGGUCAGGAUUGACUCUUCUGCCCCCCAGGGACAAGUGGAAGGUGCUUCAGGAAGCAGUGAUGGAGCUGAAAAUGAACCAGCUCGCCAUGUCUUCUCUUUUUCCUGGUUAAACUCCUUGAGUGAAUGAUGUUCAUUCCAGCUGCUACCUCUAUGUCUGCUUGACUAAGGAGCAAACACAGAGGCAGCAGGUGACCUAGAUGAAAUAAAUAUGAAGUAGUGAAUGAAUGGGACCUCUCAAUGAGUUUUUUUGCAAAAAGCUUUGAUUCCAUGUUAAUUACCUGACUAGAAUGGGGAAUAAGGGGAAUGGGGAGAAGAAUACUUUGGAGAACUUGCUGCAACAAGGAGAAAAUGAAAUGAUCUUGUUAUAAUGUGGUAUAAGGAUACCUUAUAAAGAUGUGUGUGUGUGUUUGUGUGUGUCUGUGUGCCUGUGUGUGCAUGCAUGCACAUGUAACCAGAAUCUUCAAUGGGAAAAAGAAGCAAAACUUGUUAUUUUGUUAUAAUCAUAAUAUGUGGUAUUGUAACUUUUUCUUUCUAAUGAUGUCAUUGGUCAAUGAACAUGUAUUUUGUGUUUAAAUUAACAAGUGAUUGAUUUAGCAAUUUAUUUCCAAAAUGCAAAUAUCAUUGACCAAAGCUAUGAAAUGCUUACUUAAAAAAUCUUCUUUUUUAGUGCUAGAUACAUAUUUUUGCUUCCUUAUCUUUGCAGAAUGUCCACUGAAUUAAGAACAUUUUUAAUAGCCCAAAAGAAUAUAGGGUUGAGAUAUAUAUAUCCAGGGGCUAGCAUACCUCUUUCAGCAUUAUUCCAGUCUCAGGUUUAGAUAUUCAGAUAAUCUAUUCCUUAGGUAAAGGAGACCUUU